AUGUCAUCGGACUACUUCAACCAUACAAGAGCGGCGAUGAGUACAAGAACGAAGUUCCUCGUGGAACUCGGAUUAUUAGAGAAUAUCACUGAGAUCCUCACCAACAGUGAACGCAUCUAUCUCUGCAGACUCCUCAAGACUUACUCAGCACAAAGAGUCGCCUCAAUCUGUCUCGCCUUCCAGUUAAUUGAAGUCAAAUGGCUGGAUGACGGAAUCCGGCUUGAUGGAGGCGAAUUCUGCUCUGCUAUCUUCGCAGUCAUGUUUUACUCAAACCAGAUUUGGUAA